UAUUGCUCGUGUGGUUGUGGGGGUGAGGGGUCUGGGCUUUAAAUCGCUGAGUGGAUUAUUGGUGCCUUUAGUUAAGGCCAAUAUUAUGUUUCGGAAACGAUAUUAAAACCCCCUGCGAGGGAUUUUCUGUGUGUGAGAGUGGGUCAGACGGACGCAAAAUCCCGCCCCAGCUGCUGCUUCCUUCCAAGGUAAAAAAAAAAACCCACGCUGCUGCUGCAGUCUUGUGACUGAUUUGCAUUUUUUCCCCAUUUAAACUGCAGGGAUCCCAUGUCCCUGGAAGGGGGGAGGGAAAUAGAAAGCAGGGAGCGGUAUGGAAAUGUUUGAGGGGAAGGUUAAGCAAGAGUGAAUAUGACAAUCGCACAUGGCUGUUGCAUCAGCUUUCUUUUCUGACGCAGGAAGGGUGGACUGGAGGUAUUUCUCUUUCACACAUAUAGUACACGUGUGUGUGAUCAGAUACAUCUAUGUGCAAGGCAAAUCCGGCAUCCAAGGACAAAAGAGCGAGCUCAGUGAAGACUGCCACCGAGGGGCAGUCAUCAGGCCAAAUAUUCCCCACUUCAUCUAAUACUGGGAAAAGCUAAUUGAAUUCCCAUCAUGGAUAGAGCAGACGUGAGCAAGUUUAACAUCUCUCCAGAUGAAGACAGCAGUAGCUUUAGCUCCAACAGCAAUGACUUCAAUUAUCCAUAUCCAACCAAAGCACCUAUAAGACCAUGUGUAGACAGGGAUCCAGAAAAUCAAAAUUUCCUGCUUGAAUCCAAUCUUGGAAAGAAGAAGUAUGACAUUGAAUAUCAUCCAGGUACUACUUCCUUUGGAAUGUCAGCGUUUAAUCUGAGCAAUGUUAUUAUGGGUAGUGGCAUCCUUGGACUUUCUUAUGCCAUGGCAAACACUGGAAUUAUUCUUUUUGUGAUUCUCUUGGUGGUUGUGUCAAUAUUCUCUUUAUAUUCAGUUCAUCUUCUCCUAAAGACUGCCAAUGAAGGAGGCUCUCUAUUAUAUGAACAGCUAGGAAUGAAGGCAUUUGGUUUGGCUGGGAAAAUUGCAGCUUCUGGAUCAAUUACAAUGCAGAACAUUGGAGCUAUGUCAAGCUACCUCUACAUAGUGAAAUAUGAGUUGCCAUUGGUCAUCAAGUCAUUUAUGAACAUCGAAGAGAACACAGGAGAAUGGUAUCUUAAUGGUGACUGUUUGGUUGUGCUGGUGUCUAUAGUGUUCAUUCUUCCUUUGUCACUGCUGAAAAAUUUAGGAUAUUUAGGAUAUACAAGUGGCCUUUCCUUAAUGUGUAUGGUCUUCUUCCUUAUUGUUGUAAUUUGCAAGACGUUCCAAAUCCCUUGUCCUUUGGAAUCGGAGUAUGACAUGAUGAACACAACUCUGAAUGGCACAUUGGCACACCUGGCAACUGCUGCACCUUUGCAUGGAACAGCACAAAACAUGACUAGUGAUGACAUGUGCAGGCCAAAAUAUUUCGUCUUCAACUCACAGACUGUCUAUGCCGUACCAAUCCUAACAUUCUCUUUUGUCUGCCAUCCUGCUAUUCUUCCUAUUUAUGAAGAACUGAAAGGCCGAACCCGUAGAAGAAUGAUGAAUGUGUCCAAUAUUUCGUUUUUUGCCAUGUUUGUAAUGUACCUAUUGGCUGCUCUCUUUGGAUACCUGACAUUUUAUGGAAAUGUUGAAGCAGAAUUGCUUCAUACUUACUCUGCAGUCCUGGGUUCUGAUGUUAUUAUUCUUAUUGUGCGUUUGGCUGUACUUAUGGCUGUAACACUUACUGUACCUGUAGUUAUCUUCCCAAUCCGCACUUCAAUUACACAGCUGUUUUGUGCAGAGAAGGAGUUCAGUUGGUUACGUCACAGUUUAAUUACAGUUUUUGUUUUGGCAUUUACCAAUGUUCUCGUAAUCUUUGUCCCUUCCAUUCGAGAUAUAUUUGGAUUCAUUGGUGCCUCUGCUGCUGCCAUGCUGAUCUUUAUACUUCCUUCUGCUUUCUAUAUCAAACUAGUGAAGAAAGAACCUCUGAAAUCAGUGCAGAAGAUUGGGGCUAUACUCUUCCUGGUGAGUGGCCUGUUUGUGAUGAUUGGAAGUAUGAUCUUGAUUAUUAUGGAUUGGAUCCAUAAUUAUGCAUCUGGUGGACAUUAACUGGCACGAUUUAAUCUCGAAUACUCCAGCAUUCACUGAAAUAUCUACUGAGAAAGAAAAUUACCUAGGUUUGCAAUUUUGCUUCCUUUUAAAAUGCAGAUUCUUUGAUGCUGGGUCUUCUGACUGUAGAAUAAGUGAACUCUUGAAAAGAAACUAUUCUGCAUGAUGAAAGUGGCUAUUAACAUCAAACCACCUGAGUCUCUGGCUGAGGGAAGUGACAAUUUUAUUCCAUUCCAGAGAAUGGACACAAGUGUCUGUAGAAUUUUAUCAAGCCAUGUUUGGCUUUCGUCAUUGUUACUUGGGUAUUUUAUUAUUUUACUUGAAUGUGCCUAAUGGAACCAUUUGAUGUGAAAAAUAACUCUUAAUUUACAGCAAAGUGUUGAUAUAUCUAAUGAGAGAGAGAAAAAAACACUAUUAUUUUAUGUACCAAAAAUUCUUAUGGACCUCAAAAGCAUGAUUUUUUUUAAUUGUUUUCUUAAAGUCAAAAUGUAUCCCAGUGACAUAGAACCUGUACAAACAUUUAAUCUGUGUUCUAAAUUUAAUACAAUUUUCCCUUCUAUGGAGGUAUAAUUAUACUGACUUUCAACCAAUUUGAGUAGGUCAAAACUCCAUAACUAAAUAGAAACAGUUUUUUCAGUGAAACUCAGAUACUCCAAAAUUUAAUCAAAGAAGUCAUUGUUGAUAUCACAAGUCAUUGUACAUAAUCAACUAGAAAUAUCAUAGUUUUAAAAAAUGGCGAUCUGACUCAAGUUUUAAUGCUUUUAACAGUUUCAGGUCAUCAGAAUGGGUGUUGUUUAAAAUAAACUUUUAUACAGUGAAGAGCUCAUAAAGAUCUUGAGAUUUCUCCUCUUGAGGUUCUCAGUAGUGCAAUUGGGUAAAACAGGGUGGUUGGUUGUUUGUUCUGAUUCAGUUGCAGCUAUCUACCAAAUCACACUGGGUCAUAUCAUGCUAGUUAUAUACAAAACUCCCUUUUGAGAUUAACCGGGGGUUCUGCUUAAUGAUAGCAUAUGACCCAUUGUCAAUUAUGUUUGGGUUUUUUGGUCAGUCUUUCUUGAACUUGCUGCACCAUAAAAAAGAGGUCCUGCUAUAGUUUAUUAAUUGUACAGUUUUCACAAACUGUACAGUAUUUGUCAAUUUCUCAUCCACUGUUGGAUUUUAAAUUACUUGAUUAUUUUUGUUCCUAUUUUGUCCAUGCUAAAAGCCUAAUACACAAACUGCACCAGUAUUUGGUGCUCAAUACAAGUUCUCUUCAUAUAGACAUCUGGGAUUCCUCAUGCAGUUGAUAAUGUAUAGUAGUUUAAACAAAACAAAAACCCUCAUGGACUGAACAGUUAUUUUGUACUUGUUUGCUUCAGAGAUAGAUACAUUUUGUUUGAGUCCUAACUAGCAAGCUACCAAAACAGGUUCUAUAUGUUUGUGAUUAGCUGUUUUGUUUCUACUGCAUGUUUACUAUUUAUUCCUAUCCCCGGUUGAAGAGAAAUGGUACCUGCAUAAGAGCACAUUUGACUUAUCAACAGGCUCUUUCUUACACUGCACCCACCAGUGUGGUGUCUGAGAACCUAGUGAGAGAUAAUAAAAGAGAGAGUCGUGGUACUUUUGUUCAACUAUAUUUGGCAUAAUGUUUUAAAAUCUGAUUUACAAAAUUAAAUUUAGUAGUUGGGUCCGAGGGAACAAAUAAUGGCAUGUAAUCAGUUGAUUAAACAGCACUGAAGAUUUUGUCUCAAAAGCCAGAAUCAAUUCUAGGUAACAAUCACUAUUUGGCAGAUGAUGCCUGUCUUUCUCCACAUUUUUAAAAUCUAUGAAAAAUCGCAGAUAUUUUGAUUCAUACUUCUGACUACAACUACUAACCACAUCUGUAGCAAACAUAAUGAAAAGUGAGAGUUCUCUCAUCUUGCUUGUUUCAUUAGUCCAGUGGUACUCAACUUUCAAUUAGCACUUUGAACUGAUCAGUGCUUCUCUUACUGGGACUCAGGAAGAGGAAGUGGAGUUCAGAUUAAAGGCUCAUUUAUUUCUAAUCUAUGGAUCAGUGAUAUGGCAACUCUUCCUCCUCCUCCCCACGCACAGAAAGCUGAAGGAGGAUUUAAAAUGUCCUCUCCCUUCAAGAGUUUAUAGUGUGUGUUGAGGAUGAAGAGAUCCCCUUUCCAGCAUCAAAGGGAGCAAAAAUGAAUCUCUUCCCUCUCUGCAACCGGAAGAGGGGAGGAGAUCCUUCAGUCAUUGUCAGGGGAGAUAAGAGAGGAAGAUGUUACAUGAUAGCACCUCAUUAUGUUGUAUCAAUACAUGUUGUUGAGUCUUGCAAAUUAAUGCAGCAAUGUCUGGACGUUACAUUGUGAGUCAGUUGUUCUCUGAAGCUCCAUUUGAUGACUAAGUAGCUCUUCAGCUGUUAAACUUGAGUACCACUCUGCUAGGUAGUUUUCUAAUAUAUGAAUCUGUUGCAAACCUGUCAGUUUAGAGGUCCCUAAACAACAUACUAAUGGAAAUAAGCAGCUUCAGUAUUAAACCACUGUAUUGUCACCUUGUUUUUACAUUGCUGUCUUCCAUGAUAUUUCAGUCAUAACUGUAAUGUUAUUUAUAGAACAUUAAUCAAUUAAAACUAAAACCUAUUUUUCAAUAUUUAUGAUAGUUAUGUACAUAAACUGUAUGUGUGUAUAUAAUGUAAAUAUAUUGUAUAUAAUAUAGGUUUGGGACUUUGGGUUUAUGUAUAUAUUCCUCUGUCAUUAUUAAUGGUUAUUGCAUCAUUUCAACCAGUUGUUCAUGUUGUGCAUAUGUGUAACAACUGUCAAAGGAAAGUUUCUUUACAGAAAAAUGCUAUUCUUACAAAAAUUGAAAGAGUAUGUUACCACUCGAGAUGUAAGAACACACAAACAUGAAAGGUUUUAUUUAUUACAAAUGUAAAUGUUGCAAUAAAGAGGAGUCUUUGGGGUCCAUAAAGAAGUAUAGAUCAGGUACAGAUUUUUUCAUACAGUUUAUCAUGGAUGUUAUAAUUUCCCAAAUGCAGUGACUAACAACUUCUUUUACAGUCUAAUGUAUCUGUUACAGGUGUUCUACAGUACAUCUUUGUAUAUAUUGUGUAUAUAUACCCACUGUAUUGUUAGACGUCAACAAUUCAGCUACAGUUGUUGGCAAAGAGUGUUACACAGUUUCAAUGAAACAUUGUAUGUUUGUUUUAACUGAAUUAAAAAUAAAUAAAUAGAUAAUCCUUA